CUUCCACCAGGACCGAAGCCGUGGCCCGUGAUCGGCAACCUCAAUCUCAUCGGCGCGCUGCCGCACCGCUCCAUCCACGAGCUGUCCAAGCAGUACGGCCCGUUGAUGCAGCUCCGGUUCGGGUCCUUCCCCGUCGUGGUGGGCUCCUCGGCCGAGAUGGCCAGGUUCUUCCUCAAGACCCACGACACGGUGUUCGCCGACCGGCCAAGGACCGCCGCCGGCAAGCACACCACCUACAACUACUCCGACGUCCUGUGGGCGCCCUACAACGCCCACUUCCGCCGCGCGCGCAGGCUCUUCGCCACCGAGCUGUUCAGCGCGGCGCGGCUCGAGUCCUACAAGCACAUCCGCCACGAGGAGGUGAGCGCGCUGCUGCGCGACCUGGCCGCGGCCGCUCACGGGGCAUCUGGCCGUGCCGUGCCGCUCAGGGGACACCUCUUUGCGGCGACCAACGGCAUCAUCUCGCGGGUGGUGCUGGGCAAGAAGUACGCGGAGAAGGAGGCAGGAGGCUCGGCAGCCAUGGCGCUGGAGGAUUUGUCGGGCUUAAUUGAGGAGUUUUUCCUUCUCAACGGCGUGAUCAACGUCGGCGAUUUCAUUCCGUGGUUCGACUGGCUGGACCUGCAAGGGUACGUCCGGAGGAUGAAGAAGUACAGCAAGAAGAUGGACCGCUUUCUCGAGCAUGUCCUGGAGGAACACGAGGAGCGCCGGCGUGUCAAGGGGGAGCAGUUCGUGGCGAGGGACAUGGUGGACGUGCUGCUGCAGCUCGCCGACAAUCCUAACCGGCUUGACCGAGACACCGUCAAGGCUCUCACUCAGGAACUUAUCGUCGGGGGUUCAGAUACCUCCAGUGUAACCAUGGAGUGGGCGAUGUCGGAGGUUCUCAGGAACCCUGAGGUCUUGGGCAAGGCCACCAAGGAGCUCGACCGUGUGGUCGGCCGUGACAGGAUGGUCAUGGAGAAGGACAUCCCAGACCUCCCUUACAUAGAGGCCAUCGUGAAGGAGGCGAUGCGCAUGCACCCGGUGUCGCCCAUGUUGGCGCCCCACCUCGCACGCGAGGACGCGUCC